CACAAAAAGCAGACCAUCUCCCUUUCUUCUCCAAGAAACAUCUCUCCUUGCUCAGCAGCUCAGGCCUCAAGCUUACUGCAAAGUUCCCUCCAUCGAUCCUCUGCUCGUGUCUUAGUUUGCAAGAAAAAACAAUGGCUUCUUCUUCCAGCGCCCGAAGCAGUCGCGUGGCCACAUGCCUCGUGCUGCUUCUCUUGGUCGUCAGCCUGCGAGAAGCCUCCGCGGCGCGUCCACUCCGGCCGGCCGGCGACGUGUCCAGCGAGGUGAAGGACCAGGCGAUCGUCGACAAGUACGCGCCGCUUCUGCUAGCCAUGCUGCCAAGGGCCCCGGCGCCGCCGUCCGCCCCGAGCGGUGGCACGAACGAGGCUGGGAACUGAUGAAGCAACCAUAGGGUUUUCCACUAGGACAGAGAAAUCGCUAGGCAUACGUAUGCCGAGUAGUUGAUGGUUUGGUUACAAGAUGGUUGUACAGAACUGUAAGAGUGAGAAGCGUAGGAUACUAGGAUAUACCCCAAAAUUAUACCUUCAUUCUUUCGUUUAUCCCUUCAAGUAUUUGUUGAUUGAAA